UGUCUUCUGUCAUAAUCAAAAAACACCAUGACAUCAUAAAUACAAAUAUUCUAAAUAAUUCAUAAAUAAAUAAACCAUCGAACAGCCAUGCAAAAUAUUGUGCAAUAGCCCAUAGUAUGCAAAAUCAUCAAAAUGUCAAAGUGCAAUAAACCGAAGAAUGCUUGCAAGAUCUGCCUCACCCCAGUAACACAAAAGAACGGUCUGCAAUGUCAGGGGGCCUGUCAAAGUUGGGUCCACUACGCCUGCCUGAAUUACACCCCAGGCAGAAUCAAUGAUAUCAAGAAAGGCAUCAUUAAAGUCACCUGUCCAUGCCCUGACUGUAAAACUACACAGCCUAAGGAAUACCGAACCGAUCAGCCAUAUAGUUGCAGUAACAGCCAAUGUCCAGCUAACGUACCGCCGCGCUGUGAGAACCUCAAAUGUCCGAUCAACAAAGGAGACGCUAUGAUCCAAACUCCUUCACAGAAAUGUCCUCUUGGGAGAUGCGGAACUGACUGCAAGCAACACAGUAGUCCUCAACUCCCUAAUGCUCCUUCGAUUAAGUUCUCAAACCCUUGCGCCCCCGCGCCUCGUGUCAGAAUAGCAACGUGUCCUUCAGGAUGCACCAAUACCUCCUCAGAUAUCCCUGGUGAUCGUGAAGGCAGUAAAUCUGACGUGCCGAUGGAUGCAGUUGCUCAGAUGUGUAAUACCGUUGGACUAUUGACCAAUCAAAUUAAUGAAUUAAUGAAUAAGAUGAAACAGCUCACAGAGGAUUCUCCGUCACGGUGCCCUCCAAGUGCUAAUAGGAGUCUCGAGAAGGCGAACUGUCCUAAACCAUGUUUUUGCCCUGGAAAUCCCCGUAAUAAAUGAGCUUCUUAAUCUCCAA